AUGGACGAGAUGGAUUAUGACAUGCACAUUCCGCCCGGCGCCCAGCCACCGUCCUCUAUGGCAGAGGCCCGCCCAAUUCCGCGAUGCCCUUAUCUCUUGCCGAACCCGAGCCAGACUAUGACGAACAGCAAUCUAUACGACCCGCUGCAGUUCUCGCCCGGCCGCCAGCCGUGGUCCGGCUUCCGCCAGCCGCUGCAAAAUCCAUACGGGAACUCUUCUCGCUACAACCCUACCCCCUUCUACAUGAUGCCGCAGCCACAGGAACAAGCGGACCGACCGCAGCCAGAUGAGUUUCACCGCCAAUCGCAAAGCCGAGCUAUGACCUUUGGCCUGCAACCACCCUCUCUCACUCCGGCACGACCUGCGAUUCCGGAUAUCUCACCUACCCGAUCUAGCGGACUUCCGGGGGACGCCGGCAGCGGGCGGAAUGCGGGAGAGUCUGCCGACAACCAGAUCGAUUGGGAAAGGCGUUUAGGAGCCCAGGAUGUACAGUCGCUGCUACAGACUGAGUUCCAAAGUAGUCCUUCGCCGUCCCAUAGGUCGUCGUCUCCCGGAUCUUCCGUUUCCGACAGGAGCCAAGCAUCCGACCAGACACGAUCUCCAGGGCGGUCGGCAGCAACCGCACAAUUUGCAUCUGCAGCUAAUUUGGACGACCCUCCUGUUCUGUCCCAUACCACCCUUGACCGGGCCUUUUGGGACACGUCUAGUCAGCGGGCGGGGCGCGAUAAUAGUAGAAACUCUGCGACCGGCCGACUGGAGUCGGCCCAAUCGACGUCCCCAUCCGGGUCGACUGUUGCUGUGCCGACGGCAUCGGCAGCGUCCCUCCUCGAGCGGAGGAGCAGAACCCCCCCGAGACAUCGGAGGGCCGGACACGGUAGCAGCGGUGGAAACGCACGAGCGUCUGACUUGGAUAGUGACGACGAUAUGGACUCGAUCAGUGACGAGCAGCAGGCGCUCCACCAUUUCAUUGAUCACCUGGAUGGAAACAUGGCGGCGACGGCUCCUCCAAACAGCGUCUUUCCCGGAAGCGGGAUUCGGGCGCGGCAAGUGCUUCGUGGUGCGGUGGCCAACAAGCGCAUCGCCUCAAAGAGCGCGAUUGCUUCGCUUGUCUGUGUCGAAAUCGAGUCGCUCUCAUCGACAGAAAGGACCUGCAUCAUAUGCUACAAUGACUUUGGGGUUCCCAGCCCGGAAGGGAUCAACGAGGCGCCCCUGCAGCUGCCGAAAUGCAAGCACGUGUUUGGUGAUCACUGCAUCAAGAAGUGGUUUGAGGAGUCGGACAGCUGUCCAUAUUGCCGUGACAAGGUACCGUCAGAGCCGGUGAUGCAAUACACCCAGAGCGCAUUGCAGCAGUUUAUGAGAGUCCAGCACCUGCAGGCGAGCCGCCGUGGUGUUUCGAUGCCUAUGAACCCUCAAAGCAUCAUCGCCAGCAGCCAAGCAUAUGCAAGAAUGCUGCAUGACCGCGAGGCGGCUAUGCAGGACCUGAUAUCGCCAGGCCCUGGCAGUAGCGGGCAGGGACGGCCGUUUGGGCUUGGCGACCGAAGAGCACCACCGGAGGAGUUUAAUGAAGGUCAACGGCGGACACGUGCUCGUCACGGGACCUUUCGCACAUCCACGGCCAGACCGUUUGGCAUGUCGGACAGCCCACAGUCGACAGCCGCAGCUGGACCGGCCACUGGCCAAACAUCAUCUCGGCCUGCACCGACACAGCACCAGGCCACGCCGCCGAUACCGCCGAUGCCAACAAUGCUUCGGCCACCUCCGCAGCCAUUGCCGCAGCAGCCGAUACAGUCGAUGCAGAUUCCACACCCGUUACCGGCACCGACACAGCAGGCCCGUGAACGCUGCCUCCUGCCGUACCAAGCACACCUCAACUACACGUGGCAGCCCCAGGGCUACUCUCACUUUGGGCCUCCUUCCCAAGGUACUUUCCACAUGCCUCAAGUACCGCACUACAUGCAAAAUUAUGCAACGGGGAACGGGUCUGGACCCGUUCCGGGAGUGGGGAAUCGCAUGAGUUUUCCCUCGUAUCCGGCAUCGAUGUAUGGGCCUGGGAGUGGCGAGGCCAACACAUCCUUUGGGCACUCACAGGCACCAACGCUACCUCCGCCACCAGGCGCGGGUGAGGGGCGACCACAUCUUCUCUCGGCGAUUCCGCCGCCGCCGAUGCCGUCCCUUGAACCGCCACACAACCUCCCACUGAGCCCGGUGUCUUUGCCGCAGCACCAGUCGCUGCCGCCGAUAUCCAGGCUGGAUAUGCCGAACCGGCUUUCGGGCCCGGCACCGUUAUCGAACUUGCAAGAUAGCAGUUUUCCGAACAGCACUGCCGGUUGGGGGCCGUGA